AUGAACUUAAAUAUUAUUCUCAUAUUUGUCUUUUCUCUUCUUUUUGUUACGAUUUCUCAAUCAUUGCCCGUAAAACAGAUUACACCUUCACUGUUUACCGUCGAUGAUGCUGGAGACAAUAAAUUGACUGUAACAGUGCCAUGGGAUGGAACUGGAAAUGAUGAUAAUCAAAAUCUUGUAUCCAGACUCUCUUGUUUUCCUCCCGAAGCCAUAACCGUCGCAAAUUCUCCUCAGAAUCAUGUAUUUAGUGACCGUAAGGCCUCAUUCGAACUAACCGUACUGAAAAAAGACACUACUGUGACUUGUGUAUCUGACAUUAAACUUGAUACGACAGAUCCCGUAGUUGAAAAAUUUUUACUUAGCUUUGAUUUUCAAACAUGA